AAUCAACUGUGACCUAUCGCUACGUUGUCUUGGUACCCAGCUAGCUCAUUAGCUGGCCGGCUCAUUAGAACAAAAACAACAUUUGCAGCUUAGGAGGGUGCCAGGCUUCUUGUUGGCUCUUAGGGAUAUACAGUAGACACCAUGUUGGUCCCCAUAUUCACGCUGAAGCUGAACCACAAGAUUAAUCCUCGCAUGGUGACUAUUGGGAAAUUUGAUGGAGUCCACCCAUGCCUUACUGCAGCCACACAGGCUGGAAAGGUUUUUAUCCACAACCCUCAUGCUCGUGGGCAGAGACCUGUGGCCCACCGACUGAGUCAGAGCACUCAGGACUCUGACAUCUCUCUGCUCAACAUCAACCAGGCAGUCACUUGUUUGACGGCAGGAAACCUGGGACCAAAUACCACUGGGGACACAUUGUUAGUGGGUUCCCAAACUAACCUGCUGGCCUAUGAUGUCCAUGACAAUGCUGAUGUAUUCUACAGAGAGGUGACAGAUGGGGCCAAUGCCAUUGUGUUGGGGAAACUUGGGGACAUUGCUUCUCCUCUUGCCAUCAUCGGAGGGAAUUGUGCCUUGCAAGGCUUCGACUAUGAGGGCACUGACCACUUUUGGACAGUAACUGGAGAUAAUGUCAGAUCUCUAGUGCUUUGUGACUUCACUGGGGAUGGGAAAAAUGAGCUCUUGGUAGGAUCUGAGGACUUUGACAUCAGGGUAUUCAAAGAGGAUGAGCUUGUGUCUGAGAUGACUGAAAAUGAGACAGUAACAUCACUUUGCCAUAUGCAUGGUAGCAGGUUUGGCUAUGCCCUGGCUAAUGGCACUGUUGGAGUCUAUGAUCGCACUGCCCGCUACUGGAGGAUCAAGUCUAAGAAUCAUGCAAUGAGUAUCCAUGCCUUUGACCUGAAUGCUGAUGGGGUUGUGGAGCUUAUCACUGGAUGGUCCAAUGGAAAGAUUGAUGCUCGUAGCGACCGCACAGGCGAGGUCAUUUUCAAAGACAACCUGUCCUCCUCUGUGGCUGGAGUGGUGGAGGGAGACUACAGGUUGGAUGGACAGAAACAACUUAUCUGCACCUCCAUAGAGGGAGAGGUCCGUGGUUACCUGCCAGCUAGUAAGGACCUAAAAGGAAAUCUCAUGGACUCCAGUGCUGAACAGGACCUCAUCAGAGAGCUCAGCCAACGCAGACAGAAUCUGCUGCUUGAGCUACGGAACUAUGAAGAGAAUGCUAAGGGUGUGUCGGAGACAAAAAGUGGGAUGGGUGUAAUACCAGCCAACACCCAGCUUCAGACAGCACUGUCAGUGAGACCUGCCACAGAGGCCCAGAAGGCUCAUGUAGAGCUCAGCAUUUCAACACCAAAUGAAACAAUUAUCCGUGCAGUGCUCAUCUUUGCAGAGGGAAUAUUUGAGGGUGAGAGCCAUGUUCUCCACCCCAGUGCCCAUAACCUGUCGGGCUGUGUCCGAGUCCCCAUCGUCCCACCAAAAGAUAUACCAGUGGAUCUACACAUUAAAGCCUUUGUUGGAGGGAAAACUAGCACACAGUUCCAUGUGUUUGAGAUCACUCGUCAGCUGCCUCGUUUCUCCAUGUAUGACAUCAAUUUUGACUCCUCAGCUGCCCCGCCCACUGGAACGGUCACCUUCAGCAUCAGUGACCGACCACAGCGGGUGGUGAUGUGGCUGAAUCAGAACUUCCUGCUUCCGGAGGGAGUGGAGAGUCCUGAUGUCACCUUUAACUCACUAAGAGGAGGGGGACUAUUGUCCAUCAGCAUGGCCAGCAAUGGACAGAUCACUCUGAGAACUGAUGACAUUGACAUGGCAGGAGAUCUGGUCCAAUCACUGGCCUCCUUCUUGGCAAUAGAAGACCUGUCAGCAGAAGCAGACUUCCCCGGAUACUUUGAGGAGCUACGGUCUACACUCACUGAGGUGGAUGAGUUCCACUCUGUUCAUCAGAAGUUAACUGCAGCUAUGGCUGACCACUCCAACUACAUCAGGAACAUGCUGGUGCAAGCAGAGGAUGCUCGCCUUAUGGGUGACAUGACAACUAUGAAGAAGCGUUACAGAGAGCUGUAUGAUCUAAACAGGGAUCUCAUCAACGAGUAUAAGAUUCGCUCUAACAACCACAAUGCCCUACUGGCCUGCCUCAAGUCUGUCAACCAGGCCAUACAGCGGGCUGGUAGACUCCGAGUGGGUAAGCCCAAGAACCAAGUGAUCUCUGCCUGUCGAGAUGCCAUCAAAAGCAAUAACGUGAACUCGCUCUUCAGGAUCAUGAGAGCUGGCACUGCGUCCUCCUGAGGGUGGAAGGAGGGAGGGACGGACGCAGAAAUGGACCAAUAGAUUGAAAUACAGAGGGACGCUCAUAAGCACAACUGAUGAGUACUGCAUCUGUUUCAAGCAUACCACCAGCAAGGAUGAAUCUGGGACAAUAAAUUUGUGUGGACUUAAAAGCAGAAGACACUAGGACUCUGGAAUGGGGACACUGUUGUAGCCUUAAUCCAUCUUUUUCCAUGACUUAGUUUUAAGCAACAGCCUGGCAGCAACACUGGGACCAGCUCCUUGAAAAUUUAAAUUCUGCAAGCUCAGAAGUAAAAAAAGUGCUGACCACAGGCACACUGCUCAAAAUGUCAUCCAUCUCAGUGUUGCUCUGUGGCCGUUUGGAGGAGCUGAUUUUGUGCAGUCCACCUUAGCUAGACAAGGGUCAAAGUUAGCGUAGGAGUGACACAACUGUUUAGAGAGUUCAGCUGGACCAAAACAGGAAACGGAGACUUAGACCAAACUGUUUCUCAAAAGGAAUGGAGCAGAUGGUCUGAGUACAAUGAUGCUUUAGAAUAAUGAAUUCCCUGAUCUAAAAGGAUUUUUUUCAUCAGUUACACACUCGCAUAUACUAUCCGAGGGCAUCUUUCAUUAAGAAUAAAGAAAGAGUUAAGCAUGAUGUUCAUUGAAUGCACUACAGGUGGUCCAGGUGAUGUGUCACAAUUGUUGAAGAAAUUUUUAAACUUCAGAGAAGUCCUCCCGACCGUCUGUUUCCACCAAGAAAAUGACGAGGUGCUGGACUGGCACCUAGACUGUUUAAUUCAGCUGACACAGUGAUGUUUAGAGAGAGCAGCUGGAGCGAGACGGAGCAGCUUUCUAGGGCGUUGUGCCAUUGACAUCACUGGUGGACCUGACAGUUCUGUGAGACAGCUCACUCAGACUCAGCUCUCUGCUUCCAGCUGUUGUGUAUUUGCGUGGUGUUUGUAGCCAAAGAAAACUAUUUUAAAUUAAUGAAUGUCACAGAGGACCAAUGAUGUGUGUUUAACUUGUUUACCUUUUGUAGCCUAGAUUGUACACAGAUUGCAAAUGUAAUGAUGUUGUGGCAGAAAGUAUUAUUAAAUUAACUUAUGUU